AUGUCGCCCGCGGUUGCUGGCCCUGCCGAUGAAGCUCGUACGUUCGAGAGGAAGAGGCCGCGCUCCGACGAUGACUCCGCCUCCAUCGAAGGGCCCGACGCGGUGCGUCCGCGGCCGCUGUCCUAUCCUCAACCCUCUCGCUCCAUCGGCGUGGAAUCCAUUCUGAACCCGCCCUCCAAAGCUGGCCCCGUUGCAGAGAACGGUCGGGAGGCAUCGGGACCACAGCUGGCGACUGCAUCGCCUUCGCGAGCCCGACUGCCUUCGUCUCCCACCGUGCAUCUCCCUUCCCCGUCAUUGCACCCCGCCAAGCGCCUGUCCUCGUCUCCCAGCAUGAGAGCCCAUCAGACACUCGCCCCGGCCUCGCCCUCAGCCCGCUUCGUCGCCGCAGGGGGCGUGUAUGGCCCGAAAGUCGGCAUCUCGCAGUCUCCUCUGGCUCACCCAUCACGGCUAGGGUCCUAUUCCACUGCCCCGGGCUCUCCGCUGCCCAUGGAGGCCGCAUCCACGCAUCAUCAUCCCGCCCCCAUCUCCGUCCACUCGACCCCGACUUUCCACAGCCGGCGGACCAGCGCCAACCCGACCCCAAACCCCAGCUCCCAGGAGACGAGCCCCACGACGCCGGUCUCGGCCUACAGCCAGCUGGGCCGGUCGUCUCCGGCGCUCACCACCGCCCCGAUCCGGCGACGCAGUCCCCCGACUGCCCUCCGUCAUGGGAAGGAACAGGCACGCGAGCGAGGAAUCGACUGCCGCGGGGGGUCACAAGCAGAGCAUCUGCCCUACGGCAUGAUCCCAUGCAUCAUCGACAUGAAAUCAGGCUCGUCCAGCCAGGCGGAGAAGCGCAAGGCCAACAGCGACGCAUCACGGCGAUUCCGGAACCGCAAGCGAAACGAGCUGCAGCUGGAACAGAAGAUCACCGGGCAGCAGGACGAGAUCCGGAAGCACACCGAAACGGUCCAGAGACAGGCCCAGGAGAUCCGGUCGUUGAUGCAGGAGCGGGACUUCUAUCGUGCGGAGAGGGACUUCUUCCGGGACCAUGUUGCUCGUCUGGUCCCGGCCGGCCAACUGCCCACCCGACCAGCCUCGCCGCGCGCCCUGAGGCCAUCUUUCGAGCUGGCGGCUUCGGAGCGUGAGCGUGAGCGUGAGACAGCCUGGCAUGCGUCGGAAGCUCCCCGGAAAUCGACCGAGACCACGUCAGGCCCGAGUGGACCAUUGAUUCCCGCGCCCUCGACGAUCGCUCGCUCGUCCAGCAGGCCGCCCGUGACUUGGUCGUCCACUCCGGCGUCUUCGUACGCGGCGGUCACUCCUAUGCAUCCCGAUGAGCAGCAGGCGAGGUCCUUGCCGCAGUUCCCGGCCACAUGGCCACGGAACUCGUAAACGCCAACACCAACACCACCGGGACGGUA